AUGUCCUCGGAAGAGGUUCUCGACAUCUUCACUCGAUUCAUACACGAUGAGAUGCCUAUACGCCUCAUCAACCUAUACAGCCUACAGCUAGUGGAUCGUUUCGCGGUGAAAGAUCACUUCCAAGUCCACGUCUUAGACAUGAUUACUCAAGAUGCGAUUCAGCAGAAGAUGUCCGACCCCUUCUUUGCCAGAAAACUCACAAACACCCCGCGAGAAGAUGCCAUCAGAGAGCUAGUCCAAGGAAUAGUCCGUUAUGCCAUUUUCUCUCAUCGGUGGCUAGACUCCGGCGAACCGACCUAUGAAGACAUGCUGCGGAGGGACAGGCCUACUGGUCCCGGAUACGAUAAACUCUUGCAGUUUUGCAGCGUCGCGCGGCAGUACGUCGGUGUGGACUUUGGGUGGUCUGACACGUGUUGCAUAGACAAGAGCAGUAGCGCCGAACUCGACGAAUCUAUCCGGUCAAUGUUCAAGUGGUACAAGACAGCACAUAUUUGUGUUGUUCUCUUGUCACAGACAGCGUCGGUUGCCAACCUUCACCGAGAUCAAUGGUUUCGACGGGGGUGGACCCUCCAGGAACUACUCGCGCCUGUGACCUUGAAGUUCUUCGGAAAGGGAUGGGCAGAUUUGACCAGUUGGCCAUACGAUAUCCACCGAGACUUCCGGCUCCGGGAUAUACCGCCGAGCUCUAUCGUCAGUGCAAUUGCGAAAGGUUCAGGCAUCGACGAACGCACGCUGUUAGCUGAAUUGGCUCAAGGGCCACAUUCAAUCCCUCUACGAAUGUCAUGGGCUGCACGAAGACGCACAACAAGGGGCGAAGAUAGGGCGUACUCCUUGAUGGGAAUCUUCGAUGUAAGCUUCCCAAUUGCUUACGGGGAGGGCUCGCAGCGAGCGUUCGCUCGGCUCAUAGAGGCAAUUAUGCAGUCGUCACCGACGACAGACAUCCUUCACUGGGCAGGGUACCCAGGCUCUUCUUACACUUCGCGUGCAUUGCCAUCGUCACCCGACUCCUAUGACUAUCCAGUGGUGUCAGAUCAUCGCAUACAAUUAUCCACCAGACAGCAGAUGGUGCUCACCAACCUAGGCUUACAAAUUACACUCCUGAUUCUCCCCGUAGAGAGCGUUUCUCAACAUAAAACCCAGCAGGAACAAAGCGGCGGUCUAGAAAACAGCGAACUCAGGCUCCACUGUGAGGCAUUCGAGAUUGGAGAAGUAACAGUGAAGAUCAAAGGAGGCUGGGAAUUCGGCUCAAGACCGGCCUUUGCGCUUGGAGUGUACAAUUACUUCGAAGCACCAGAAUCGGGCCUUCACCUUCACGAACUUUCGGCUGCCUAUCUACUCUCAGGCGUUCCGUACGGCCAAAGUUGGAUUAAAAUAUCAACAGAUGAUAUCAUAACUUUCCACGUACCAUAUUGUACCGAAUGGAAGAUACGACCUGCGAUUGGGUUUAGCUUGACGACAUUGUUUUUGUAG